GGGGCUGAGGGGUGGGGCCGGGGGCGGAGCUGCUGGAGGGGGCUGCUCCGCGCCGGGGCCGUUGGCUCCAGACAAAUAAACAUGGAGUCCAUCUUCCACGAGAAACAAGAAGGCUCACUUUGUGCUCAGCAUUGCCUGAAUAACCUAUUGCAAGGAGAGUAUUUUAGCCCUGUGGAGCUAUCCUCCAUUGCACACCAGCUAGAUGAAGAGGAAAGGCUGAGAAUGGCAGAAGGAGGAGUCACUAGUGAAGACUACCGCACAUUUCUACAGCAGCCUUCUGGAAAUAUGGACGACAGCGGCUUUUUCUCUAUUCAAGUUAUAAGCAAUGCUUUGAAAGUUUGGGGUUUAGAACUAAUCCUAUUCAACAGUCCAGAGUACCAGAGGCUCAGAAUUGAUCCUAUAAAUGAAAGAUCCUUUAUAUGCAAUUAUAAAGAACACUGGUUUACAGUUAGAAAAUUAGGCAAGCAGUGGUUUAACUUGAAUUCUCUGUUGACGGGUCCAGAAUUAAUAUCAGAUACAUACCUCGCACUAUUCUUGGCUCAAUUACAGCAAGAAGGUUAUUCUAUAUUUGUUGUUAAGGGUGAUCUGCCAGAUUGUGAAGCUGACCAACUUUUGCAGAUGAUCAAGGUCCAACAGAUGCAUCGACCAAAACUUAUUGGCGAGGAACUAGCACAUCUGAAAGAACAGAGUGCCCUCAAAGCAGAUCUGGAGCGCGUCUUAGAGGCAGCUGAUGGGUCGGGCAUAUUUGAUGAAGAUGAGGAUGAUUUACAGAGGGCUCUAGCCAUGAGUCGCCAGGAAAUCGACAUGGAGGACGAAGAAGCCGAUCUCCGCAGGGCCAUUCAGCUCAGUAUGCAAGGUAGUUCCAGAAGUAUGUGUGAAGAUAGUCCACAGACAUCAAGUACAGAUCUUUCUUCAGAAGAGCUUCGGAGGAGAAGAGAAGCCUACUUUGAAAAGCAACAGCAUCAGCAGCAGGAGGUAGAUCGACCUGGACCCCUUUCAUAUCCACGUGAAAGACCGACCACAAGUUCAGGAGGACGUGGGAGCGACCAAGGAGGCGACGCUGUGAGUGAAGAGGACAUGCUUCGGGCAGCUGUGACCAUGUCUUUAGAAACUGCUAAAGACAACUUGAAAGCAGAAAGGAAAAAAUAGUACCUUUAAAAGUCAUUUUGCUACUCACACUUUGUAACAUUGUCUGUGUGAUUACAGUGUAAGGGCCACUUUGGCAGUGUGUUCACCAGAAGAGAUAAAGACACUGCGGUGGUUUGUAAGCAGAAAGGCAGAAAUGUGUCAUAGGACUAAGGAACGCUUGAGAUACUAGCCAAAGAGGCAGUCAGCAAUGAAAGAAACUUAAGGUAGUUUUCUAAAUGUCCCUUUUUGUUUGUCAAAUGUGCAAUAUCUGACUGAAAUUAUGGAAUUUUUGUUGGCUCUUUUGGACCAACUGAUUAGCUCUUGCCACAGAACUUGAUCCUAUAAUGUUUCCUUUUCUCUCUGCAUUGGGGGUGGCUUGGCUCACUUGAGCUUUGACUUCAUUUCAGACCUACCUUUUAUGAAAUGUCUUUUAUAUGUCUUGUUACAGAAAGAUCAAUCUGUCUGCUCAUACAUAUGUCGGGCACGUGGAUGCUUCCUGGUGUUAUUUUCUCUGGCUUUGGUUACUCUCUCAACUAAUGUGAUCUGUUGCUUUUACAGCCUUUGUAGUGGGAUCAUAUUUCUUAAUUCUGGUGCAUUCCUCUACUCGACAGUCAGCUCUGCUCUUGUAAAUGAGCUGAGGGUUUUGUGAGCGCAUGAGCAUGCGCUGUCUGGAUGCCCUGUGAGUGGCUGACUCCUGGCUGGAGCCCUCCCUGUGCCUUUACUUCCUUUCUUCUCCAGUUGAGAAAAGAGGAGGCAGAGGACACAGAUUCCCUUCUAUGUAACCUGCACCAUGAAUGCACCACAGGAGAGACUCGCCCUUCAGUCUUGGUGGUGGGUCUGUCCUAGUUUUUCUUCUGUGACAGGAGCUUUGUGUUCUAAUCACAAUUAAGUCCUGGAAAAUAGAUGCCUGCUUCACUUUCUAAAAAUUUAAAAAAAAAUUUUUUUUUUCUAGUAGAAAAUAGGCUGCUAGGAUGAUGGUCUAGAAUCUGAAAGUAAUUUACUAAUAAACUAUAUUUAAAUAAUACUGUGGGUUGCCCCUUGCAAUCAUGUUUAAAUCGCUUAAGAAUUACAGAAGUCACAAUGCUUACAGGGUCUGUCUGUAAAUAGGAAAGUCCUUAGUUUUGAUAAACAUUAAGCAGGAUACAGAGCUAGUCUUGCUGGGUCAAUACGUGGUAUGAUUUGGGUGGAAAUUAACUAUGUGUCUUUGUCAUGGUGUCAUAGACCCUGAUACCUGCUUUCCCCUCCCUCCCCUUUGAAGCCCCUUCGAAUGGUGACUUGUACAUAAGUAAAGUCCAAGAAGAGAUUUUAGCCAGCUUAGGAAGGGGCAGCAUGCUAUAUUGCUCUACUGGUGUGUGCUCUGCACACGUUUUUAUCAGGGAAAGUUUUGGAUGUAGGAUUUAUUGCUGUCUUAACUGAAAAAGAUACAAAUAUUUUUAUUUAUCAUUAUGAAAUAGCUUUUUCUUGAUAGGAUGGAUGUUUGGUUUGGUUUGGUUGUGCGAGGGAGUGAACCCAGGGCCUCCAGUGUGCUAGGCAAGCACCCUACCUCUGAGCUAUAUCCCCAGAUCCAAAACAGGGGUUUCCUUGUUUGCUUUUUGUUGUUUUUCUUAGCCAUAUCGUGCCAAUUUCAUUUUUUUUAAAAUUUGCUUCAUGAAAAAUUAGGCAGUCCUAUAUUAAACUCUAUGAAGUUUUUACUCUUCUGAAAACAAAGCCUCAGAAGCGUUGGGCGGCUGUAGGGCGUUAGUUAGGACUUUGCUGACGGUUGAUUGCUAUACUGAAGUAUGUAACUACUCCCGUCUGCUGCUCGCUUGUCAGACAUUGGCCCUUUUCCUUUACCCUUUGAAAAAUCACAAUAAACUUUCCAUACAUUUAGAUUGGUGUGCUGCCUGAUGAAAAAUGAGAAAGCCAAUAUACAUUUCAGCUUUAACUUUAGAGUUUAUAAAAUGUUCAUAUUUCACACCCCACUUAAAUCAUGUAUGAAAUACAGCAUGUUAAUCUUUUAUUAGAAAUGUUUUAAAGAGAAAAUGAGCAUACACUGAAUCUAUUUGAGUGAAGCUUUUUAGUUUGUUAUAAUUAUGGUAUUUGUCCAGGCAGAUCCAAAAUCACCAUUGAAUCGCCGUCCUCUUUGGGUUGACCUAGGCUUACCUAAGCAUUUAGAUUUCAUUAUUAAUGAGUAGCCAGUAUGAAAAGAUGCCAGUGCUUAUUCUAACCACAGUAUCCAAAGUGUAGGAGUUCUGUGACAUUCUAAUUCAUACACCAGGAGUUGCUGUUUAUAGUACUGCAGGACAGACAGGGGCAAGGGACUCCACUGCCACUGCUGGGUUACAGACUCGACUGACAUUUCCAUUUUUUUUUUUUUUUUUUUUUUACCAAUUGGAAUACUUUAAUGUUUUAUAUUUAAACUACUGAUAAUAAUUUUUUAAAAUCUGUAACUUGUUCUGCCAGAUAAAAUACGUACAGCCGUGAUGCUAGUGUUAUAACCAAGUGUAAGGACCCUUUGGAAGGCCAGACGUGGUGCUGUAUGCUUUGAUGCUGGUACUUAGGAGGCAGAGGUAGGCAGGCUUCUGUUUUGAGUUCAAGGCCAGCCUGGUCUACAUAGUAAGUCCCAAACUUCUGGAGCUACACAGCAAGACCCUGUCUUAAACAACAAACAAACAAACAAACAAACCUUUGGAAAGAUCACAUUCAUAUUUUGGGAUGUCAUGAGCUUAUCUAUGUUUCAAAAAUUCAGAAUAGCUGUCCUUUGGCCUAAACCAUAAAUCUAUACCCCCAAUGACAGUACUAUGCAGACAUUUCACUGAUUUAAGUUGUUUGAUACAGUCAGUGCAGGUGAACUCCAUGCUAAAGUUUUAAACCUUGGCCAAAUAAUUUACACCUCACAGACUAUCUGAGGCGGUGCUUCUUUUUUUCCUGAAAACUUGAUUUUUCUUGAUGAAGCCAAAGUUAAUGAGCAUGAAUUCUCAAAGGAGUAGUCUCCUUUGCUUUACUUAAUAUCAGGUGGAGAGAAGUAAGUUUUAUUCGUGCCAGAGUCUAAGCCACACAUUUUGAAUACCCACAUGUCUGAUACGAUUUAAGUCAUGCUGGUGCCAAGAGUUACUAAAUUCUUAGAACUGGCCCUGUGCCCUGCCUAAGGCUAAACAGGGCAGUGCAGAACCCGAAUGUGCCAUCUGAGAGUCUUAAGCUAGGAAAUCUGGGUGGUUUAAAUUAGCGAGAGGUUUCAGUUAAUAUUGAAACCUCCAGAUCCGACUUUAUGUUAGGCAGUGUGGAUGUGCUCAGUGGUAGAGCAGUUACCUAGUGGCCCAGGCCUUGGGUUCAGUCUCUGACACUGCAAAAGAAGAGCAGUGGCUCCCGGUGUAACCUGUGCUUAGAGAGAUGUUAAAGGAAGGACUUUCAAAGUGAAUGUUUGUUGUAACUUAGUCCUGACAAGUGUAGAGCUCUGAUAUGUGACCUUAAUUAAGGAAGACCACAUCGGAUCAGUAGUAUAGAUACUUUUUUUUUGUUUUUCAUAUUUAACAUAAAAAUUCCCUUCAUUCCUAAUUUGUUUACAAUUAAAGAGACAAAUUGAUUUUGUAUUUUUUCAAAGUUUUAUACAUAUUAAAAGGGUUUUGUUGUAGUCUAUCAUGAAUGAAAAGGAUAUUUUUUUUUUAAUUUGAGGAAUACUUUGUAUAUGUGUGUGUGCCUAAAAUGGUCUGUCAUUUUAAGAAUUAGCACAAAAAAAAAAUAGAUAGUUCCUAAAUGUAUGGAGGCUUAAUAGUACCAGUGCACAGUCAUGGGGGAGGCACUAGCGAGAAGUGUGUGGGGAAUGCAGCUAGGUAGGUGGGACUCACUUGUCUCUGAAUGGCUUAAAGGUGGUAUGUUUCCUGGAAUUUUUUUUAAUGAUUUUUUUUUUUCCAAGGAAGACAGACAUUUGAAAUGUGCUUAUCUAAUUUCUACAACACUGGACUAAUAGGAAUAACUUGUUUUUUUUUUUUUUUAAAAAAGACUGUUCUGUAUAAAUAAAAUAUAUGAAACUCAAGUGCAAAAGCCGUGAAAAUAAAAGGCAUUGUCUUCUGUCAAUGUGAUGCACUGUGGCCGAGCAGUUCCCUCAGGACCCAACUCUGCAGCCCUUCCUCCUGUGCCUCAAGUGUCGGCUGCCACUCCACAGGUCUUCCGUCUGUCGGCUCCUUUGAAAGCUGGGCUUCCAAAGCACUGUUGAACACUGAGGGUUCUGGUGAUGUGUGUUAAUGAGUUGUAUUUUAAAUAUCAGAGAUUAUUAAAUAAAGAGAAUGAUUUUCUAUUAA